UCCAAAAGUUUGACAAGUUUCAACACGAACGAAUGUAAACACGUUUCGUGUUUCAUGACUGUUUACGAUAAGCUUACGGAUCAUAUUUCGAUUUCAUGGCAUUUAUAUUUGAAUUAUGUAUUUAGAGGUAUUCAGUGAGACACUCACAAUUUAAACAGCCUAGACAAGAAUUGGAAACGUGUACAUACAGUGUAAAUUAUUUGUAGAUACAGGAUUAUUUAUUCGGAAAGCUGAAUAAUUGUAAAUAACUUGUCACUUGCGAACAAAAUUUCAUCAUCAGUGGCGAAGCAGAAGCAUUAAGGAUUAUGUGAAGAUUAUUUUCCAUCACUGAUCAGCAUUAGUGUUUAGUUACUCUUAUAAAAUAGAGACUUAUAUGCAUGAUUAGUGCAGACAUACUUGUCUAGAAAGUCGGAGACGUUCUAAUAUUAAGUACGCAUGUACUUGUAGAAGAUGAGUAACGUGAGUAUAGGAGGAAAUACAGGAAACAGCAUAAACUUUGAUGCGGCCGCGUUACAGAACCAGCAAGAGGACGAGUACCGGAAAGAGGAGGAGCAACAACAAAAUGAGUUACGUGCAUUACUGACGAAUGCUUUCGACGAUCUCAUAGAUGAUGAUGAUAUUCUCUCAAUAACGUCUGACGAUGGAACUGACUCGCGUAACGUCAGUUUGGUGCGUCGGCAUAGCAAUGAUAGUCUUGGACGAAUGAUUUCAGAGGAAAAUAAGAUAACUGAGCAGCCUGAAGAAACAGCAGAAUGGAGAAAGUUUAACCACAAUGCUGGUCCUCAGUUCAGACAGGGUAACCCAAAUCAUGUCCCCCAGCCAAGGUACGCACAGUUCGAACCAAUGUCAAGGACUCAGGAAAUACCCAGAGGUCAGUUUGACCUUUUACGGGCAAGUGUUGAAAGCUUGCCAAAUUUUCCAACCAAUCAAAACGGAUUAGAUCGGGAUAUUAAUAGUAACGCUAGUGUACAUGGCAGUCGCGAUCAUCUGGAUAGUGAUUAUCAUAGUAAUGCCGAGGAUAACCAAAAUGCUGAUUUUCACGGAAAUGUUUAUCCGCUUCCAUCAGGUCAAGGUCAUCAAGGUGCAGCUCAAGGUCAUCAAGAUGCAGCUCAAGGUCAUGGGUUAAUAGAAGAUCAUCAAACACAUCAUCAUAAUAAUACGACCGAAAGGGAAAAUAUUCUUAGACAAAGUGUUGAAGAUUUCGCAAAGUUUAAAGAGGUAUACCAAUCCCAGGAACAUUUGUUUACCCAUCAUGCACCUGUCGGUCAUGAUUCAAAUAUUCAGGGUCAUCAAGGUCAUCAACAUUAUCAUGCAGCAGAACAUCCAUAUGACCAAGGUCAUGGAGGUCAAGGUCAUUAUUAUCAUCAUGAUCAAGGUCAGCCAGUGUAUCACCAUGGUUACGAAGGACAUUAUCCUCCGGCUCAUCAUCAUUUUAGAAACAUUUAUCGGGAUCGACCAUAUCAUACUAUAGGUGAACGCGAGGAAACAGAAGGGGGCAACGCUCACCAAGGAGGUAAUAUGCACUAUUAUCACCACGGAUACAAUGGGGGUCAUGUAGAUCAUGGUUUCCAAGGUAACCAAAUGUUGCCUCAAGGUCAAGGACAUGAAUAUAAUGUUCAGGGAGCUAGUCAGGAUCAUGGAUUCCAUUCACAUGUAACAGAUAAAAAUGAACAUGUUAAAAAUCAUCAUUCAAAAACUGGGAAUACAAGUACGCAGUCUAGUUCUAGCAAUGGAAGAAAAUUACCCCAAGUGACUUACAGGUUCCAAAAUAUUUCUAAUGAUGCCCAAGAUAAACAAAAAAGUGAAAUGACAAGAAAUAGAGAAAAAGAAAAUAUUCCACAGAAAGAGAAUACAGAAGCAUAUGCUGAUAAUUACAAAGUUAGGUAUGAAAAAGAGCAUGAACGAAAAAGAGAAGAAAUUUCACAAAGGGAGAAAGAAGGGAAAGCUGACAAAAAUAUGGAGGCGGAAUUUAUGGAGCAAGUUGGCAGUGGGGAGAAUCAACAACUAGCACAGCUCCAGAUAUUGUAUAAGGCCCGGGGGAGGAGGAUAGAAGAACUUACAAAUGAAAUUGAGGUGGUAAAGAGCGAAUCUGGCCGAGAAAUCCGAAUUCUCAAACAUCAACUGUCAGUUUCAAAAGGAGAGAAAGAGGGCUCUACCAAAAGUUUAGACAGUGUACAGUCACUGUUACAAGAGUCGAAAAAUGAGAACGCCCAGUUGGUUGGCCGAGUUCAUGCCUCUGAAUCACAGAUUGAAGGUUUGAAGAAAGCAAAAGAAGAGUUGAUAAAGAAACUGCAGACGGCAGAGUCCACCAUUGAAACAUUACAUCAGCAUUUAGAAGAACUUGGGUCCUCUGAUACUCUGACAAGGGCUCGACACGAUCAUGAGGCAGUGGUUGGAGGGUUACAGAAGAAAUACGAGACUGAAAUUAAACACCUGCAGGAAAACAACGAAAAACUGAAACAAACUGUCGUUGACAAGAAUGAAGAGAUCUCGAUAUUGAAGCAGAAAUUGACAGACAGUAUAAAGAUGUCGGAGACAGCACAGAUUUCACGUGCAGAGACUAUAAAUAGACUGACACAGAGUCUCGAGGAAAGUCAGAAACGGUGUAGGAACCUUCUUGAGGCUUCAUCGUCACAGGAGAUGAGUCAGAUGAAAAUUCAUCUACAGCAAGCACUCGCCUCUAGGUCUAUCUCUGAUGAAAUGUGCUCAAGUUUACAGGAAGAGAUUCAGGAUCUGAAGGAACAGGUACAGAUGCUUGAAUCAGCCUCACAUCUCGGAGUGUCGUCUGUAGCAGGACAGUCUUCCUCGGCAUCCAACUUUGUCGACCAGAAUGAUUCCAUGGUAGAUCUGGGAAUACGUAAAACACUGGAUUACGAUACCCCACAAGGCACACCUACUGUUGGAAGAUCUCAAAGUGCAGUGUCAUCCAGUGAUAUUGUUACAAGUUUGAAGGUGGAACUGGAGAGAUGUCUGGUCAGUAACAAACAGAAGAGAGGGGAGGUCUCUGAACUGAAGGAAGAAAUGAGAAAAGUAAAGAAAGAUAUGAUGGAGUUCCGACAGCGAUGUGAACGUGCCGAGUUACUCACUCAGGAACAAAAGAAACGAAUUGCUGACCUAGAGUCCUGUAUGAGUCCAGGGGAGAAAUCUAAUGCCAUUGAGAACAGACUGAAAAAGGACAUUGAUAAUUUGAAGAGAGAGAAAAAAGUUUUAUUAGAAGAUACCGAGGAACUACAGCGGAGAUUAGAGGAAAUUUCAAAGAGUGAGGAAAGAUUAACAGAAUUGAAUAGAGAACUGAGUACACAAAUCUCUGACAUGGUGAAAGAAUAUGAUCAGGAUAAAAGAGAGGCUGUUGAAAGAGCUCACAGAGCAAGUGAACAAGUUGCUGAGACAACACGAAACAAACUGCGACAAGAGCUUACUCUGCUGUUUGAUGCUGAACGCUCAGAUAUAAUUGCAAAGUAUGAAAAGGAGUGCAGUAAUCUCAGAGAAGAAUUACAGGCAGCACAAGAAGAGAUAGACAAAGUGAAGGAUGAGUAUGUCAAACUGUGUGAGGAGAAAGAAAAUAUGAAGGCAGAGAUCAACAAAGAAUGGCAGGAGAAACUGGAAUCUUCUGUUCAACAGGUAAAAGAUACAAUGAAAAAGGAAACAGAAUUGUCAGUUUUGAGAGCUGAAGAGAACUGGGCGAAACAGAAGGAAGCUGAGAUCUCUCAUCUAAAGGAAGAACUAGUGAAAGAAUUCACAGAGGAAAAAGAUAAACUAAAAGACACUAUACAAUCUGACUGUGAUAAUGAACAGAAAAUUGUUGUAGAAAGGCUACAGGUAGAACAUUCUGCAGAAAUGAAAGCAUCAAAAGAAAGGUUUGAGGCUGAAUUGAAAACUAUGAGAGAUAUUUUAGAAAUGGAAAAAUCAAAUGAUCUUGAAAAACUGGAUAAGGAAAAAGUUAAUGAGAUAGAGAAAUUAAAGAAAUUGAUAAUUGAUAAAGAGUUGUUUAUAAGUGAAAAAGAACAGGUGUAUAUUGAGAAGGAAAAUUUGUUAACUGAAAGGGAACAGGUUAUUGAAAGUUUAAAAUCUGAGUACAAAGCAAAUAUGGAUAGUUUCCAGACAGAGAUUAAAGUAUAUACUGAACGGACAGAGAUGUUAGAAAAGGAGUUAAAUGAAAAUAAAAGUAAACUUGAAGAAAUACAAAAGGAACUCAGUGAAAAAUCAAAUCAGUUUGAACAGUUACUGACAAGUUUAGAAGAAAAAGAUGACUUGGUUGAGAGUUUGAAAUCUGAAAUUGAAAUAUUGAAGUCAGAAGUAAAGGUGCUUGAACAGUCUAGGAAAGAGUAUAAGGAAAAAUUGGAAUGGUUGCAAAAAGAUUAUCAUGAAAAAGUGAAAGAAAUAGAAUCUCAAAAGAAAGAGACAGAUUCAAGUGUUGAAAACAUUUUAAAAGCUAAAACUGAUGAGAUAAAUAGGUUAAAGAAAGAAUUGGAAAAGAUCGAAUCCGAAAAAGAUUCUGAAAUUGAUAAGUGGCGAAAAGAGGAAGUGGAAAGACAAGAAGUUGAAAAUUUAAGAAAAGAAAUUGGCAAAAAUAUACAGAAAGAUAGACAAGUUGAAAUGGAAAGUUUGAAAAAAGAAGUGAUUAGAUUAAAAUUGGAAAUCGAUCGAAUGGAUAGUAAUAAACAAAUGGAGGUUGAUAAAGUCUGUAGGGUAAAACAAGCUGAAAUCGACAAUAUCGAAAAACGUAAAAAGAUGGAGAUUGAAAGAUUGAAAAAAGAAAAACAGAUUGAGAUAGAGAGAUUGAUAAAGGAAAAAGAUGAGGAAAUUUCAAAAUGGAAGAGCUCUCAGCAGGAAAGGUCUGCUGAAGAAAUGGAUAUAACAGAGAAAGUUAGAGAAAGGCUGAAUCAAGAAAUGGAAGAAGAUCUGAACAAAACUGUAGAAACAAAGGUGGCCAUGUCUAAAGUUGUGUGGUUAGAGGAACACCGAGCAACCAGACAAGCGGCUAUAGAUAAUGCAGUACGAUUGGCAGAGACUGAACUUAGGUUGAAAAUGGAAGAUGAGCUGGAAUCAAAACUGGAAGCUAGGCUUGAAGAAGCUAAGAUAUUGUGGCAGAGUGACAGUCUGACCCAACUUGAUGAUGAAAGGAGGAACUGGGAGACAUUGAAGGAAGAAGAAAUUGGUGUCCGGCUUGACCAGGAGAAAUCCAAGUGGCGACAGACAGAACUAUUGGCAGAGCUUGAAGCAGAGAGACAAAAAUGGAGUAAAGAAAUGGAACAACGACUUGUGGAAGAAAAGGAAAGCUGGCGAGAGUUCGAGCUGGAAACUGAGAAACUGAAAUGGGCAUCAGACUGGGAACGUAAGCUAGUGGAAGAAAGGGACUCCUGGGUAAAAAAUACACUAGAACCAGCCAAACGAAAAUUGAAAAUGGAGGCUGAGGAGAGAUUAAGAUUGGAAAAGGAAAAUUGGCGAUGUAUGGAACUCGAGACUGAGAAAUUGAAACUGAUGAGAGAGUAUGAAGAAAGAAUAGCUCAGGAAAAACAAACAUUCACCAAUAAGACACUGCCAGAAGUUUUGGAUAGAGAGAAGAAUAAAUGGAAGAAUGAGGAAGAAAAUAGACUGAGAAAAGAGAAAGAACUUUGGAGAGAUGUUGAACUGCCAAAAGAACUGGAGAGAGAAAAGGAGAAGUGGUAUGAUGAAGUAGAAGGGAAGAUGAGAGAGGAACGAAACAACUGGAAGAAUUCCGACCUGCCGGAGGAAAUCGAGAAAGAACGCAGGAAGUGGAUGAAGCUUAUGGAACAAACGUUGAUCAAGGAAAAGGAAAACUGGAAAAAUCGAGAUCUUCCAGCGGAAGUACAGAAGGUGAAAGAGACCCUUAAACAGAGUGCAGAAAGUGAACUAGAAAGCAGACUGGUUCAAAAACUGGAAGUUGAAAAAGAAAAACUGCAAAAGGAAAGUGAAGCUAAAGUGUUAGAAGCAAUUGAAGAACACCAAGAAGCAUGUAAACAGGAGUUAACUGUAACAAUUAACAAAGAAAAGGAGAGACUUAAACAGAAAUUUGAGGCAGAGUUACAGGAAAGAUUUCAAGCAGAGAAAAAGAUAUGGCGGACUAUGGUUGAUCAGGAACUUAGUGAAAAGUUAGAAGUAGAAAGAGAAAAGUGGAAAAGAAAAGCUGAAAGUGACUUGAAUAAAAAGCUGGAAUCUGAGAAAGAGAGGUUAAGAUCAUGGUUGAGAGCAGAUAUGGAGAAAAGAUUGGAAAGCGAAAGAAAAGAAUUAAGAGAAACCAUGGAGGAAGAGUUUGACAAUCAAAUGAAAAUUGAAAUUGAUAAACUUAGAGAAAAGUUUGAAAGAGAGGCUAGAGAAGAUUUUGAACAUUUAAAAGGAAAGUUUGAUAUGGAGAGGGAGCAAGAGUAUGAAAGAAUAAAGCUACAGCUGGAGAGUGAGAGCCAGAUGAAUCUGGAUAAAGAGAAGGAAUUAUUACAAAUGAAGACAGACCGAGAACUAAGUCGGAAAUUGGACUCUGAACAGGAGACAUGGAGAUUGGAAUUUGAGAAGGAAUUGGGUGAGAAAUUGCAGAAAGAAGAGCAGAAAUGGAAACAAAUGAUUGAAAAUGAUAUUGAAGAAAGGCUUAAGAAAGAGAAAGAAAUUUGGGAAUCUGCAAAAGAAAAGGAAAUUGAUAACAAAUUGACUGAAGAAAAAAAUAAAUGGAGAAAUAUCUGGAAUGAAGAGAAAGAAACUGAAAUGAAGGCACUUACUGAGAAAGUUGAAGACAGAAUGAGAGCAGAUCUUGAUGAGGAGAUGGAGAAGGUUAAACUUGAUGUGGAGCAUGAGUUUCAACUGAGAGUUGAACAUGAGGUAAAUCUGGCGGUGCAGGAGGCAAAAGAUGACUGGAACAGAGAAUACAUGAUGGAGAUGUCCAUCAAUACAACCAGUGCCGAGGCUUCACAGGGACUCCUGAAGGAGGAAAUACAAAGCCUGAAACAUCAGCUAGGCAGUGUUCAGACAGAGCUAAUAGAGAAGGAAGCAGCCUGGCUGAAAGAAAAAGAGGAUAUUUUACUGCAAAAAGACUUAGAGAGAAGGGGCGCCCUUGACUCACUCCAAGAACAAACUGAAAAUGAAUACAAGCAGUUCCUAGAUGAACAUAAAGACAUGCUGGACAAAGCACUGAAAGCUGCAAGGGAACAGCAUAACAAAGAUAAGGCAGAGUUAGAAGAGCGAUAUACAACACAGUUGAAGAUUUUGCAGGCGAGAGAAAAAUCUUUGCAGGAGCAACUACAGCAAUCAGUACAGGGAACUCAGUACCAGCACAACACACUAGCUGAUCUGGAGAAAGAACAAGUUCUCUGGUAUGAGGAACGUGAGCGACUUCUGCAAGAAAUCUCCGAUCGUGAUUCGCUUCUUGGCAAGGCAGAUGUUCAUUUAUCCAAGGAGGUUGACAAACUGCGAUCGGAACUUCAAGCGGCAUACCAGCGCAGAUUAGAGGGAGAGAUGAACUCAUGGCGACAGAAGCUUGAAGCUGAGUUCACCAGAGCGAAUAACUCUGAACAGAAAGAAAAACUUCAGUUGGAGAAACAGUUGAGUGAGGUGAACACAGAGCUGAAUAAAUUGAAGACACAGCUGAAAGAGGAGAGAGGAAAACAUGCAGAAGAGGUUAAGAAAAUCACAGACAAGUUAAAUGAGAUAGAGAAGAGCCUAGAUGACAAGGACAGAUUGGAGGGAGAGUUGAAGAAAGCUAAGGAACUUCUGAAGGGCUAUAAAGAUGAACUGACAGAUAAUCAGGAAAAAUGUGAGAAAUAUAAGGCUGAGGUGGAGGAGGUUACAGCAAAGUUGAACAAAUCAUUACAGAAUCAGGAGAAGUUACAGACUGAGGUUCAGAAAUACAGGGAGGAGAAGUCCACUAACAUCGAGACAGUUCAGUCGAUUGAGGCCUCCUACAGGAAAGAUGUGUCCUUGUAUAAACAAAAACUAGAGGAGUCUAAUUCUAGAAUUGCUAAAACAGAAAAAGUACUACAUGAUAUGAAACAUAAAUACAGGGCAGAGUUAGAGAGUCUGAGGAAGGCUUUGGAAGCUGAGAAUGAUGUUGCUAUGAAUGCCAUGAAGAACAAAAUGAUUGAAAUCCAGAAGAAACACGUGGCCAUCGUUGAUGAAAUGAAGCGUAAACACCAGCAGGAGAGGGAGGAGUUUGCUAAACACGGCCAGUCAGCAGUCGGCAGGGGAGUAACACCAACUCCAAACACAGCUGAAGUUGAAGAGAUAGACCUGACGGUGAAGGAACUGAGAUCCCAGUACCUUGAUACUGUGGCCAAGAUCAAAGGUGAUGUAUUGCGUCACAUCACACAAACGAAUGUACGAGCUGCAGAGACGGUGAAACUUGAGAUGGAUAAAGAGAGAAUGACGACGUUCCAGCAAAUCAAGGAUUUCUACCGACAAAACGUGAAACAGAUCCUCGAUACAGAGAUUGUCGGUGCCACUCUUGAAAGCAAACUUCUUGCUGUUGAAGAAGCAUUGGAAAAUCUUUCGAGCAAUCCAAGUUCAAGAUCAGCAACACCGAAAUCCGAUGAGUUCAUAUUGGACGAACGUCAGUUACACUCUAGGUCAAGGUCCGCCUCUAGGGAUGCUGGGAUAUCACCAAAAGGUCAAAGGUCAGUUUCAUUCACGAGUGGGACUAAAGGUGAUAGGUCAAGGACACCAGUAAAUUCUGGCAAUGAUUUGUCGAUGUCGGGUCAGUUUGAAGAUCCUAGAAGUCCCAAAAAUAGACUCUUUACAAAGUCACCUAGAGACAUGAACGUAACUGUUAGAGGUGAUAGAAACACUGAAGUGCCACCACUCAAGUCAGAUUUACGGUCGUCAUAUGAUUGGAAGUACGAUGAUGAAAGUUUCGAUACAAGACGUUCUGAAAAUAGGCCAACUUCAGCUAGAACUGUCAGAGAAAUGAGAGAAAACGACACUCGAGCAAGUGAAAACCGUCCUCUCUCUGCCAAAUCACCGAGAGAGUUGCAUUUAUCAUUAAGGCAACGAAGUGCUGAGACAGAUCAUGAGGAAAGUCAAGGUCGGGAAAGAAACAGAAGUGGUGAUAAAAGGCGGUCACGUACAUUGAUAUCAACAAGAGAUAUUCAUGCUGGACGAUAUUCACGCACUGCCGAUGGUGGUGACAGUAAUGAAGGUUCUGGUUACUAUAACGAUCAUCGUGCGAAGAGCGUAACUCCAAUGCACAGUACAAUGUCAAGGUCAUCUCCGUCAUUAUACAGACCUAUCUCUGUUCCAGAUCUUAGUAACGAAGACAAAGAAUUGAAAAUUUGGACAGAAACAAAUAAUGACACAUACAGAUAUACGCCUUUACGAGAAACAUUAAGACUCGGGACAAACUUACAUAGAAGUAAUAGUAAAUCUGAAUCGGAUUUAAGUAUAGUAGAGAAAAAUUUUGGUCCAAUGAAACCGGAGUAUGACUCUAACCUUGACCUUUCAAGUGGAAGUUUGACAUCCGAUUCAUUAUUCACGCCAAGGAAACGGGAUGCUGGGGAGACCCCAACCAGUACCCCUCGUCGUCAUUCCCAUCGUAAGCAUUACACACUUCAUAGCUUUCCAACAAGGGACCAAAUUUCUAGUGACUUACGGAAUAAGGAACAAGUACGGAAUGAUUAUCGUAAGCAGACGCAGAAUGUUUCAAGAAAUGAUGAUGUUGGUGUAAAUUCACCAGUGUCGUCUGCUCGUACUUCGAAGAAAAACCUGCCACUUAUUCAGUUCCGACAAGGAAAAGUGCAGGCGUUGGCACGUGGCCAGGGAACAAGUAGCAAGUCGCCCCACCCAGAAGAUGGAAUCAUUAUUCGGGACACGCCCCCAACAAGAGAUACCUCGGGUACACCAGAAAAGCAUUAUCGACCUUUGUCUGUGUCAACGAAUGCACAUAUGGAUUUUUAAAACACAGUGUGUGUAGAUUAUUAGAAACAUGACAUGUUAAAGGCAUCUUAUCGGCAUUAUUUAUUUUAUGUUCUUUCUUGAUGUCUUUUACUGGUUUUAGUUUAGAAUUUGUAGCACUAAACAUUGCAGAAACUUAUUUAGUCAAUUUGAAUAUUUUUUGUCAAUUUCAAAAGGUUUCUGGCACUGAAAAGCUAGUUGUGAAAUCAUUAGAUGUAAAAUUUGUUUGCUUUUUCACACCGAGUCUCGUACUUUCUGAUUGGUGAAAGCUCAGUACAAUUCACAUUUCCAGCCAAUCAGAUCAGCCAUUUGAGGGCAGGCAGAAUGUAAUAGUGAUCAAGGUGCAUUUAAAGAUGUUGACCAUCUAAGGACUUGAUUUGAGUAAAUUUUGUGAAUGACUAAAAAAUAAAUUUGAAGCAGGUGUGCCAUUUUCAUCACUGACACCUAUAUACACCUACACAAGACUGCCAGAAACCAUUAAGGUAGCUGUUAUUACAAUCGGCAAAUUACUUUUCUUCACAUGCAAUAUAGGCAUUUUCUGUUGUUAUUUAUUUUUUAGCUCAUCUGAUUUUUUGAAAAAAAAUGAUGAGUUAUUGUCAUCACUUGAGCGGUUGUCGGCGUCGGCGUCGGCGUUGCCUGGUUAAGUUUUAUGUUUAGGUCAGCUUUUCUCCUAAACUAUCAAAGCUAUUGCUUUGAAACUUGGAAGACUUGUUCACCAUCAUAAGCUGACCCUGUAUAGCAAGAAACAUAACUCCAUCUUGCUUUUUGCAAGAUUUAUGGCCCCUUUUGUACUUAGAAAAUAUCAGAUUUCUUGGUUAAGUUUUAUGUUUAGGUCAACUUUUCUCCUAAACUAUCAAAGCUAUUGCUUUGAAACUUGGAAUACUUGUUCACCAUCAUUAGCAGACC